AUGAGUAGUGAUGGUAGCCGGAGUAUUGGACAUAAAAAUGUUAGUUUGACGGUAAUGGGUACAUGUUGGUGCAAAGACAUGGCACCAGAAGACGCGUUUGAGCCGCCGGGCACUCUCGCCUCGUCCACAAGUGCAAUGGAACCUCGCGUUGGUGUCCCAAAAGUUGUGGACCCCGUCAUUGUUGAUCAACUUGUAUUGGAACUGCUGACGCUUAUCGCAUCUUUUGUGGACAACGAUGAGGAAUCCCCAGUUUCACUAGUAAAGCUACAUGUUAUAGCUGACAAAGAGGAAGGUUGGUUCCAAGUAGUGUCUUCGAUGGUGCACGUCAUUCCCAUGGAAGAUCCCCUCGGCCCGUCGGCCAUCACUAUAGUGUUUGAUGAUUGCCCCCUACCAUCCAAAGAUUCUGUCAUUAAGUUGACUCAGCUGUUUGGUUUGUGCGGACAGCGUGCCACAACCGGCGAUAUGAAUGUUCGCGUCGAGCGCAAUAUCUGCGUGGUUCUGGGCUGCAUUGCCGACAAACUGGCUGGACCUAAUAGUGUCGCUGUACUCACCGAAGACACUCUCGAAUACAUGUUAUCUUUCUUGAUUGUUCGCCGCGAACCAUGCAUUAACGACUGGCCGAGUGUGACGAUUACCCCUGGCGACAAGUGGGUUUUCUGCGCCAAAUGGACACUUGAUAAUUUAUUUAUAGUAGAAGGCCGGCCGCUGUCAUACGAGGUAGUGGAUAUGUCCCCUAUCAACGCCAUCCUUAACUCACAAGACGUAAGCGAAUAUCUAAAGAUAUCUUGUGAUGGACUCGAGGCUCGGUGUGAUUCUUACUCGUUUGAGAGUGUCAGAUGUACAUUCCAGGUGAACAGUGGCUCGUGGUACUACGAGUGUCUUAUCGUGGACGCCCGGAGUGAUGCAAAUCGGAUGGGCGACCAAAAGCAGCCACUUCUUGAACCAUGUCAGUCAUCACUCGAGGGCUACGGUAUUGGCGACGAUCUUUACUCUUUGUCGUAUGACGGAUGUCGCAAGCUAAUAUGGCAUGAGGCGAAACCUUCUCCCGUGACUGAAGUCCCGGGUUGGAAGCCAGGUGACAUAGUCGGCUGCCUCAUUGAUAUGGACAUGAGGGAAGCAAUAUUCUCCCUCAACGGAGAGCGACUGAAACCCUGCACUGAACUUUUCGAAACUACAAGGCAAGGAUUCUUCGCAGCUGCUAGUUUCAUGGCAUUUCAGCAGUGUCGGUUCAACUUUGGCCACGAACCGUUCCGUUACCCACCUACGGAUCGUGCCUUUGACUGCUUUAAUGAUCACGGAUACCUCACCGAUGAAGAGAAAAAGGUGGUUCCACGUCGAAUUUAUUUGGAGCAGCUGAGGUGUUCAAGUGUGAGAGAGGACAGUUUGCACUCUAUGCUUUGA